UUUAUUCAGCAGUCGACCGUGUCGCGUCAACCUCGCCAAGUUCCACCACACCGCUUGGACUUUUCAGACACCAAACUUCUCCCGGAGAAAAUAUCCACCAACACUGGACAUCAUUGAUUUAAAACAGGCUGUUGGGGAAGUGUUGUACUGUGGAAAUCUCGCGCUCCGCGGAUGUUGCGCUUUGUAUCCUGAUUGCAAAACAAACCUAAAAAAACACACGGAAGCUCUGAGCGCAUGCACUAAUCGCCCAGGGUGAUGGAGGGAGAAGGAGAGUUGUUGGACCUGAGUCACCUGUCAGAGGCAGAGCAGUCUUCCAUCUUGGAAGUGUUGCUAAGGGACUCUGAGCUGCGUUCCCGUGAUGAUGGUCGUUUAAGGGCCCUGCAGCAGAAAGAGGCAGACCCAGUGCGUUUGAGGUCACUGUCGGGGGCGUGGUUUAAUGAGGAGAGAAGCAAACGCCACCGAGGCACGAAGAACGGCGUUGACAUCGUACAGGCCUCUAUACGACGCAGGAAGCCAAGAACAGAUUUGCCUCUGAGUGGGGUGUUUAACGGGCAGACAGAAGAUGCUCCUCCCACUAACAACAAAGACCCAACUUGUCAGAUAAAUGACAAGAAAGAUGAGGAUGACAAGAGAAGUUACAGGAGUCAAAAUCGUCUCACACCUACACCCAGAACCAGGAGCCCAAACACACAGAGUCUUCAGGACAGCAACAGCAUCUCAUCUUCAGACUAUUACAGCAGGAGGGAUGUACACAGAGAGGAGACAGGGGAGGGAACACUGCAGGACUCGGAGGACACAAACUCGGUAUCCAGUGGUGUGACAGAUGCUGAUCCGACACCUCUAAGGCCUGGGAGCUCAGUCAGCAGUCUACAGUCUAACUACACAUUGAGUGGCAGUAUGAUGAGUCUGUUCAGUUCGGGGGAGUUCGGAGCAGUGGAGGUGAAAGGGCGUGUCCUAUUCUCAUUGGACUAUGACACUCAGAGGGAGGAGCUGCAGAUCAGAGUGUGUCGCUGUGAAGACCUGGCCGCCGCACGCAAGAACCACUCCGACCCGUAUGUGAAGGCAUAUCUCCUGCCUGAUAAGUCAUCUCACAGCAAGAAGAAAACAUCAGUGAAAAAAAAGACUCUCAGUCCAGUCUUUGACCAGACACUGAAAUAUAAAAUCAGCGUGUCAGAGGUGCGUGGCAGGACUCUGAACCUGUCUGUGUGGCACGCUGCCCCACUGGGCAGAAACCUGUUCCUAGGAGAGGUAGAGCUAGAGCUGGCUCACUGGGACUGGAAACAUACAUGCUCUGACUGGUACCAGCUACAGCCACGGGUCCAGUGUAGUCCAGAGUCUAUCAGUAGUCGAGGAAACAUCCUGCUCUCUAUCAAGUUCAUCCCAGCAGGGUCCGAGGGUGGAGGUCUACCUCUAACAGGGGAGCUACACAUCUGGCUGCGGGAAGCGCAGGGUCUUCUCUCCACCAAAGGGGGUGUCGUUGACUCCUUCAUCAAGAGUUACGUGCUGCCGGACACCAGCCGGUCAAGCGGUCAGAAGACACGCGUGGUUAAGCGGUCGGUCAGUCCGACCUACAACCACACCAUGGUGUAUGACGGGUUCCAGCCUGCUGACCUGAGAGAGGCCUGUGCCGAGCUGACUGUCUGGCACCGUGAAGGGUUAAAAACACACCUGCUGGGAGGGGUUCGACUCAGCCGGGGGACAGGUCUGAGCUACGGAGUGGCAGUGUGUUGGAUGGAUUCAACAGAGGAAGAAGCAUCUGUUUGGAAUUCCAUGAUCCUGAACCCCAACCACUGGAUGGAUACUACACUACCUAUCAGAACUAACCUGGCUGAUCGCCCAGAAUAACACACACACACACUACACUUCCCACUAGAAUCUGUACAUAUAAAAGGUAGUGCUGCUGGUAGUAUGUGUUGGGUUUUGUUGCCUACAGUAGGAUACGUAUGGGUAUACUUUUAGCCUACCUGUAGGGCUAGUUUUAGAGACCCAGAUCAAUCAAAUACAUUUCAGUUAUGGCAGUGUAGGGCUAUUGUUUUAAAUUAGGAUAGGGUCAGCUAUACUUCCUCAAGCCUAGCUAGUAGUUUAUAAAUGUCCAAACGAUCACGGUUGAAUUCCACAAUAAUAAGGAACUAGAAAGAGGAAACUAGGGGGAGGAAAUGCAUAUGACAGUGUGUUAGUUAACAAAUACAUUAAUUCUUAAUCACGUUAUGUUAAAACUGCUGUAUAAAAUGUGUAAUAUGUCAAGUAAACAAUUUAAGUGUAUUUGAGCUGCACUUAAUUUAGCUUGGAGUUGGUACUUCUUGGACUAUUCCACAGUAUGAGUCAUAAUAGCGAUAACCUAGCUGUCAAACAAGGAAAUGGUUCCAAUCGUUUUUCCACCAAUUAUUUUUCCCAUAGGGGAUUUUAGAAACACUUAAAAUAAUGGCUGUGUUUCGUGUAGAUCUACCCUGGCGAAAUGUUUUGAUAAUCGUCUAAAUCUCUUUCGGACAAGGUGACUUUUAUCAAUAUAUUUUCUUGAAUUUACCACCCCCCAAAAUGAAAUGAUAAUUAGUUGCUAAUGUGGGUGUCAUAAAGAACUACAAAUGUCAUGAUGAUCUGGACGAGACUGCCGAAUCGAGGCAAUGAUAAGAAUCUAAGGGAUUAACUAUCUAAUGUUAGCUAAAUGUAGUAAUGACUAAAUUGACAUAUUCUGUGAACUGUCUUGUGUACGUUUUUAAUGGCACAAUACCUGUUAGCAAAGGUGUCAGCUAGGGAUAAAAUGCAGGAGCUUGUAGGGAUUUGUAAUCUGCAUUUUCGUAUCUGAGUGGAAUAUAUUGACAAAUCAAUUUGGCCAGGAGAGAUUUACAUGGUUAUCAAAACGUCACGCCACUGUAAGCCUACACGAAACACAGCCCUUAUUUUAAGUCUAAAAUCCCCUAGGGAAAAAAUGAAUGGUGGAAAUAUGAUUGAAACCAAUACCCGGUUUGGGUUUUGUGGGUAUUCUGACACCUCCACCGUUUAGACGACUUCAAGCCCAACUCAGGUAUUUGAUUAAUAUAUUAUGACGCAGUUCUGGUUCUCUGUUGUGAAGUUAAAUUUACUGUACGAAUCAACCUUUAUGAAUGUUUCUGUGUAAUAAUGUUAUUGUACAUUAUCAAUUAAAUUCCAAUACCUCGAUUAAACUACAGUUUUGUAAUCUCGUG